CAAAUAAGUUAGCCCGCCAUUAGCUCCGACAACAAUGGAGCUCUAUGGAGCUACCUCGAUUUCUUGGGCAAACUCCAUUUCCUCCUCUCACUUUAACAGCUUUCACGAAAGCUUAACAGUACGACGGAGGUUUAAGAGGAUUACAACUCUCUGCGUUAGUAGCGGAAAAGACGAAGCAGAUUCUCAGAAGGUGAAAAAUAGGGAUGCAUUGUUCAUUUGUUUGUUGGUUAUACCUUUUGUUCAAGUUAGGGAGUACCCUGGUAUUGUAAUAGCAGAGGAGGCAGAUUGGAAAAAUUGCAUUCAAGGAUCAACGGCUGUAGUGAAUCUGGCUGGAUUGCCGAUAAGCACGAGAUGGUCUCCUGAGGUUUGUCGCGAAUGGGAAAACACUGCACUAAGAGUCAAUAAAGAUGUGAGGCCAACACUUAUUCGAAUUGGCGUUGUACUUGGAAAAGAUGGUGGUGCUUUGGCUAAGAUGAUACCUCUUUUCAUGAUGUUUGCUGGGGGACCUUUGGGCUCUGGGAAGCAAUGGUUUUCUUGGAUUCAUGUUGAUGACCUAGUAAGCUUGAUCUUUGAAGCUAUAAGAAAUCCCUCGUAUAAAGGUGUUAUAAACGGGACAGCACCAAAUCCUGUUCGACUAUCAGAGAUGUGUGAUCAUUUGGGGUCCGUUUUGGGACGGCCCUCAUGGCUUCCUGUACCUGACAUUGCUCUUAAAGCCGUUCUUGGAGAAGGUGCUUGCGUGGUUCUUGACGGACAAAAGGUCCUUCCAACCAAGGCCAAGAAACUCGGUUUUUCAUUCAAGUAUCCUUACGUAAAAGAUGCUCUUCGAUCGAUCGUGCCUUCUUGAGAAAAUUGAAAGCUUGGAGCACAAAUUUGUGAGAUUAUAUAGGUUUUGGUCACUUGUGGCAACUCCUUUUUCUUAAAGAGUUGAAGGAAUGCUUUCAAGUAAAUAGGCCUAUGUUGUUUGUUUGAGUUACUUUCUUGGAAGUCUGUUGAUAGAGCUGUUAAUCGAGAUGAACCGCUCGUGAGCUCGGCUAAACUUGACUUGGCUCGAAAGAGAAAUUUAUAUGUAAAUUUUUAUAUCUGCUUGUUGAGGUAAAUGUGUCGAGCUCGAGUUUGGGUCGUUUAUACCCUAUAUAAUAUUGUAAAAGAUAGAGUGCGCUCUACAUGUUUCACCUUUAUACAUAAAAGAUUUAC